CGAAUUCAGAAUUGAUGCGCGGGCACAAUUUUGUGUAGGCAAAAGCAAGGCCGAGGAGGAACCUCCCGCUGCUCAGGAACAUAGGCAACAUCAAAGCGAGCAAUAUAAGCAAUUGAAGAGCCGUAUUCCUUGUGACUUGUUUAUCGGGAAAAAUCACAAAACUGGUAGUGUUGAUUAUAAAAACUUGAAGGCGUUUGUUUUUAGUGCUGAAUAAUGUAGACUGCUGUGUUUGGCAGACAGCGAUGGAAUAAUAUCUCAUAUCCAUAAAAGUUAUCAAUGCGAGCAAAUUGAUGCACCUUUCGAACCGCUGUGUUCGUCUGGAAAUUCUAGCAAUUUUUCCGAGUCGUAUUUUGCAUAAUAUGGAUUAUCGCCAAAAAAUGGUCGUGGCUCCGAAUUGCACACAUGCGAAUGACAAUGGUGAGGAUGAUGAUGACGAAGACUUGGAAGCACUUAGAAUGGCAGCACUUCAGUCAUUACGUGCAAAAGAUUCUAUUAAAACAAAUCCACAGCUUUGGACGGAAACAAAAGUUAAUGUUCAACAUUUAGCGCAUCCACGUUUAUUUAACAAUGGUCAACGACCCCUUAAGCGACAGUUUCCACAAAACAGACUACCACGCCAGAAUGGGACUCUACAUUUCCAAAGGCAUGUCAACCCUAACUUGAUAGCCAUUGUACCCGUUGAAGGAAAUCUUAUUUCACCUCUUUCUGAUCCUCCGGAAACAUUGUUAGAUACAAAAUCACCUAUUGAAAGUCGAGCUUCAGAUGAAUCAAAGUUUUGUCGAUACAAAGAUAAUGCUCGAAGUUCAGAUGAGGAUGAUGAUGCGGAUCGAAGAGUUUUGAUAUCAAAAAAACCUGAAAUAGAAAGUAGAGUAGAGACUGGAAAAGGUACUGACAUUGGUGUUCAGUUUAGCGACGUGGACAACACGAGUACACACGACGAAAGCCCACAGUGUAGUGAUGAAGAUGAAAAGGAGGAAGAUGACGACGAUGUUCUACUCAUGGCAGAUUUGGAAGAAGAAGAUAGUUUAGAGCGAUUGAUGGACGAAAUGGAAAGAGAAAUAGGCGUGGAUAAAACCGCGGAUGUGAGGGAUAAAAAGCAGUUGAAAAAGGAAAACAAAGGCGGGCGAAAAGAAGAAGCAGGAAAAAGACUGAGGGAUAGAGCUAAAUUGGAGUCCAUACGAGCGAAUAGAAGUAGCAGUCCAACGGUACUGUCUUCAUCGAUUCCCAUUGGACUAAAAACUGAACCGCGACCCCUAUCUCCGUAUAAUGUGAACAGGACUGUUUAUAGGCGUAGAUCGUUAUCUCCCAAACCAAGAUCUAGAAAAAAGUCACCAAGGAGGUCGCCACGAAGAUCUCCAUCCAGGCAAAUAAAGAAAACAGUGAGAGAUACUGGAAGAGAGAAUCUUAGAUUCAGAUCUCCUAGGAAAUCUCCACCCCAGUAUUCACCCAAGCCCAGAUCACCAAGACUCUCACCCAGGAGAUCACCUUUGAGACGAUCACCUGGCAGAGUAUCACCAAGAAUAUCCCCACGUUCCAGAUCACCAAGACUAUCGUCAGUUCGGUCGCCUAGGACAUCACCGUAUAUGCAUCUUCACCCCCGAUCCCGCUCACCCAGAUUAUCACCUCGUCCGAGAUCGCCUAAAUUAUCUCCGCGAAGAUCUCCAGUGAGAAUCUCACCUAGGCCAAGGUCUCCAAAACUAUCCCCCAGACUCAGGUCACCGCGAUUGUCACCACGACUUCGAUCGCCGAGACCAUCCCCUCGGCGACCUUCUCCCCGAUGUAGAUCUCCUCGUAUGUCGCCAAAACUGUCUCCACGACGAUUAUCACCGAGAAAUAGGUCGCCGCGUGUAUCACCGCGCAGGAUUUCACCCAGGCCUCGAUCACCUGGGCUAUCUCCUCGAAAGUCACCAUGGUCAUCACCUAGACAUUCACCACGUCUUUCACCACGAAGACGACGAUCUCCUCAAGAACUAUUUCGAAAGAAUCGACCACGAUCCAUAACUCCCUGCCGACAUCAAAGUCCGCUGACGAAACGGGGGCAAUCGCCCAUUCCGAGAGUUAAAAAUACGCCUGAUGAUUUUGUCAGGUUGCGAAUAAAACUGAAAGAAGAACCUCAUGAAACAAUUUCGCCUUCUGAUUCAGGAAAAGGUGGAGAUGAUACCUCUAAUGAUCCAGUUUUAGAAGCUCGGCGAAAAAAAUUUGAAUCAACUAAGCCCAUAGACCCUAUCAACGCGAACAAAAAAAUCAAGCUCACUAAAAAAGAAACUAGGGACAAGAAACCAGAAGUGAUGAACGAAAGUGAGAGUAAUAUAGCAAACUUACGAAGUGCAUACAAGGUGAUUGAAAAUAAGUAUGAAAUGACUGAUUCGUAUUUGGGCAGCGAAUUCGUAUUCGAAGAAAAUUUGGAAGAGCGCAAUGAGGAUUCACCCGCAGCAACAAUUGCUAGUACGAUGAACGUCUGUAGCGAAAUUGAACCAGCUAAGUUAGAACGAGAAAAGCCUGUGAAAAAGAAAAAAAAGAAGGACAAAGAACUUUAUCAGGUCCAUAAAUCUAAAGGUGAACUUCCUUUAUCUGAACGAAUUGGUAAGGAAAAAAAAUGUAAGAAACGUAAAGAAGUUGCCAGCGAUAAUCCUGCUGAGUCAAAAGAGACAAUCUUUGAAGAUCUCACUAUUGAUGAGGAGGACGGUGACUUACGGACAGAGUUGAGUCGACGCCGUGCUGAGAGAUUGAAUAGAACUGGGCCAAUUCAUCAGCAAUCAGUUAGACUCGUUCAAUCAGCGUUCAAGGGUGUAGUCACCGAGGUCGUCAAAAGCAAUGCAAAAAGUAUCAAGAAACAGCUAGUCAAAAGUGAUGACAAACAAAGUCAGAAGGAAGUGAGGCGUGUGACUGUACUCCACCGACCUGUAGCAGAUUCGCAUGAUUCAGAGGGGGAGACAACUGUAGAUUCAAAGGUCCCGGUACGCUUCAGAUUAGGUCUGAAUAAAACUGCGCAGAAUGCCCGAGAGUCCAAAGGAUUGCGGAAAAAUUCCAAAAGACAAAGUCGCAAGGUAAAACCGAAAAGUAAUAUAUCAUUAACGGAUGAAGAUGGUCUGUGAUUGAUCUAUGAAUUGAUUUCAUUCAUUAGCUCUUUCCUAACAAUAAAAAAAUCUACCUACACAGAAACGUGUCAAUGCAUGCAUCAAAAUCAGUGAAAUUUUAUCCAUUACUCUCAAAUGAGCCAAUUCUAUCUAACCGUUUGUAAAUUUAGAAGCAUAAAAAAUAUACAUAUGUACAUACAUACAAUGCACAUGGUCGGGAAAUACUUUGACGCCCGCCACGUUAGUUUUUGCACCAAAUUUCAAGCUGUUUUUAUUCUAAAGGAAUAAUUGAAAGCUAAUAUUCAGACGUCAAUCGGUAGUGAAAGCUUCUCGAUACUUGGCUGGUCGGUCAUGACCUAGCUGCAGUCCGUAAUCGUAAUGCUGAACGAAGUCCCAAACAUGUUUGUUGUUGAAACCUAAAAGAUCGUCAAAAUAUUAAUUAUAAUUAUUGCCUUUUCCUAUAUAACGAUGAAUAUAAAUAAUGGCUCCGAUUCACUGUUGACGCAAUUGAAUAUUCGUAAAUCAGUUGUACGAUUAUGAUUAGAAAUAAAUGUGAUACCUGUUUU